CUGUGCUCACAUGAAGACGCUGUAGGACAGCAAACAAGGGCAGACGGGGGUACCUCUCAGUGCAUGGACGCUGACCUGUGGAUAUUGUUCCAUGCUGGAGCUGACAAAAAAAAGACCUUUUUUUCCACUUGGCACUCUGGACCUGAAUAGCCUCUUACUUCUGCACUUCUUUGUUCCUUUGGGAAGAUUUUAUCCAGUUUUGUUCCUCUGCUGUGAUCAGUAUGCUAAGCCCUGUGACUUUGCAGCAGAUCAUUUCCACCCUGGUUGUGCUGGGCAGCGUUGAAGUGAUAGUGAGUUACUGUGCCUUGUGACAACUUGCUUUUAGAAUCAUUCUCUGUAUAUAUUUCUAUACAUUGUCAUAUUCUUUAGUCUUUCACUAAUGCUGAAGAAAAACAAGAUUAAAAAAAAAAGUAAAAGAUUUUUAAAGAUGUUUAAAACACUCCUGACCCUGACUGUGACCCUUGUCCCUCAGGCAGAGGGUGAGUGUCCGGCUGAGUGCUCCUGCGCCCCCUUGCCCCCACUGUGUCUGCCAGGCGUCAGCUGGGUAACUGAUCACUGUGGCUGCUGUAAAGUUUGUGCUCGGCAGUUCAAUGAAGGCUGCAGUGCCACCGAACCCUGCGAUCACAUCAAGGGGCUGCACUGCCACCUGGGGGUUAGAGGGGAUCCUGAAAGAGGACUGUGUCGAGCGGAGGCCCACGGAUUGCCCUGUGCCUUCAACGGCCGGGUGUACCAACACGGUGAGGACUUCCAGCCCAUCUGCCAGUACCAGUGCACAUGCAUGAAUGGCGUGGUGGGGUGCAUGCCUCUCUGUCCUAACCAAGUGCCCCUGCCUAACUGGCGAUGCUCAUUGCCCCGGCUGGCCUUGCCUGAGGGUGGAUGCUGCGAGGUUUGGGUGUGUGACGAUGACAACCACAUCAGUGAGGAGGCCGAGGAGCCGACGCACACCUCCCUGCCAGACAGUCAACCUCAUCCAAACCACAUCAGUGCCCUGCUGAAGGCCCAGCCACAACCUCGACACCCAGCUGCCAUCAGAGGGCCCACAUUCAGAGAGAUGGUGUCCUUCCCCAUGUUUGAGGUGUUCAUCGAGCCCCGCUGUUUCCCCCAAACAACUGAAUGGUCCCAGUGCUCUGCUGCAUGUGGGAUCGGAAUUUCAAGUCGUGUGACCAACAACAACCCAGACUGUCAACUGGUCACAGAAACUAGACUGUGUCUGAUCCGCCACUGUGAGCUGCAGCUUCCUGUAACUAGCAAGGGGAAGAAGUGUCAGCGAACUAUCCGCCCUCAGGAGCCUGUCAGUAUCACCUUUGCUGGAUGCUCCACAGCACAGCGGUAUCGCCCUCGCACCUGUGGGACUUGCACUGACGGCCGCUGCUGCUCCCCCUCUCUGUCCCGCACCGUGCGCCUCCGCUUCCACUGCCCCGACAGAGACACCUUCUACAACAUCAUGUGGAUCCAGCGCUGCAGCUGCAGUACAAGCUUUUGUAUAGACAGCGGAUCCUCCAGCCCUUCAAUCAACCUUUACAACGACAUCCACACCUUCAGGGACUGAAUGCUCAGACCUGGCCCUGCCACACAGGGGGAAAACUCUCCCAUCCCUAAACCCACUGCCUUCCUGUCUGUCAGCUGGGUGGAAAAGCAAUACGCUCGCUUGCACUUUAAGCUUCCUGCCACGAUGAUGUCAGUUUGUCCACACUAAAGGUGUGUUGCCUCUCUAGCACCAGGCCAGCACUGAGGACAACACACUGCAGUGUUCCUGCUGUGUCACACUGCUGGCAGAGAGCUUUAACUCAAACUUAUUUUAUUUAUUUGUAACUUUGGAUCUUUGGCGACCUGACAGUUUGUCAAACAGAGAGACCAGUGACUGUUGUUACCAGUUACCAGACCAGUUGUUGCUGUUUAGACCAGUAACAGGGAACAUUUCUGAAAAGUGAUGGGGGUGGCCAUGCAUCUUUUCUUCUGAUGCAUUUUGAAAUAUUUGGGAAUAUUUAGAUGACAUAAGAUGUAUUCAUUAAUAUCUGUACAGGCUGUGUGCUUAUGGCCUAUACCUUAUGUGUCGAUUGUGGAACUGAUUACCUGUGUGUGUGUGUGUGUGUGUGUGUGUGUGUGAGAGAGAAAGUGUAUUGAACUAUUUGAAGAAUGAGAAACUUUUGCAUGGGAAAGUUAAGAGGAGUUGUGCUUAUUAUGCUACUAUGGUAUAUAGAUGUAAGCAUACAGUGUAUAUAGACUUCACUCUUGGUUGUGGAGUGGUAAAUUAAAGGAUCACCUCAUUUUUCGGGGUGUGAUUUUAUUGCGUUUUUUUUCCUUCUCCUUGUGCCUACAGCGCUUUGUUUUGAGGGAUGAUAUGAUACUAUAUAUUUAAGACAUGUUGCAUGUGUUCACUGGAUGUUUUUGCCUGUACAUCAAAUAAAAACUUAUCAACUUCU